AGCCCUGCUCCCUCUGGGAAGAGCUUUUCCUUAGGGGGGAACUCCAAUUUCUCGGCAUCUUGGGUUAUUUUUGCUCUCCGGUGGGGUUUGGAGCUGUUUCCUGGAGAGAAGUGAUGGUGGGGAAGGUGGGGAAGGUGGGGAGGGGGUUUGAAAAGGUUCAGCCCCUCCUGGGGUUGGUCUCGUGGGUGAGGGGCUGUGACUCCCCCCUCUGUGGGGCCAACAGAGCCCCCCUAUGAGGUUCUGCUUUAUCGAGAACCCCCUUUUUGUCCCCACUGCUGUCCCCCUCUUCCUCUCCUCACGGCCGGCGCUGAUCCCAUAAGGAUUUAGCCCUUAAUUCCCAUGAGGACUUUCUGAGCAGGCUGGGCUGGGGGUGGGCUGAGCUCCCCAGGAGGGACAAACAUCCCAAGUACCAGCUGCCGUUGCCAUUCCCUGUGCCUUCCCCCUCCAUCCCAACGAGCUCGGCUGACUCGGGAGCACAGCUGGGCCUAAAAAUAACCACAGCAACGCUCCCUGAGCACUCACACCCCUCCACGCCGGAGAUCUCCUGGAUCUCCUGGUCCUAUGGAGCCCAGCUGAUCCCUGGGAGGAGCAAGAGUCCGGGGAUGGCAGCAGAUGGGGAUGCCUGAGGUGGAAAUGGAUUUUGAGGGGUUAUCAGGGAAGGAGCCCACCUGCCCUGCCUCCUUUUCGCCGAGGAGGCUGCUGCUCCUGGUUUUCAAUGCCCUUUGGGAUGAAUUCCCUGCAUCCCAAAGGAUGGAGGGGGCGUGGAAUGCGGCGACAGCUACUCGGAGAAGUUCUGCCUUGGGACCAGCCCGAUGUGGAAACGCUGGCAGCCGGAGCAACCUGGGUCCCAAUUAAUGGAUUCUGACAUGGAUUAUGAGAGGCCAAACGUAGAAACCAUCAAGUGCGUCGUGGUCGGGGACAACGCGGUGGGCAAGACCCGGCUCAUCUGUGCCCGCGCCUGCAACGCCACCUUGACCCAGUACCAGCUCCUCGCCACCCACGUGCCCACGGUGUGGGCCAUCGACCAGUACCGCGUCUGCCAGGAGGUGCUGGAGCGCUCCCGGGAUGUGGUAGACGAUGUCAGCGUGUCCUUGCGCCUCUGGGACACCUUUGGUGACCACCACAAGGACAGGCGCUUUGCUUACGGCAGGUCCGACGUUGUGGUUUUGUGCUUCUCCAUCGCCAACCCCAACUCCCUGCACCAUGUGAAGACCAUGUGGUACCCGGAGAUCAAACACUUCUGUCCCCGCGCCCCCGUCAUCCUGGUGGGCUGCCAGCUCGACCUGCGCUACGCCGACCUGGAGGCCGUCAACCGGGCACGGCGACCCUUGGCCAGGCCAAUCAAACCUAACGAGAUCCUUCCCCCGGAGAAGGGCAGGGAGGUCGCCAAGGAGCUGGGGAUCCCUUAUUACGAGACGAGCGUGGUGGCCCAGUUUGGCGUCAAGGACGUCUUUGACAACGCCAUCCGUGCCGCCCUCAUCUCCCGCCGCCACCUGCAGUUCUGGAAGUCCCACCUGCGCAACGUGCAGCGGCCCCUGCUCCAAGCCCCGUUCCUGCCCCCCAAGCCCCCUCCUCCCAUCAUCAUUGUCCCGGACCCCCCUUCCAACAACGAGGAGCGUCCAGCCCACCUCCUGGAGGACCCCCUGUGCGCGGACGUCAUCCUGGUGCUGCAAGAGAAGAUCAAAAUCUACGCACACAAGAUCUACCUCUCCACCUCCUCCUCCAAGUUUUACGACCUGUUCCUCAUGGACCUGAGCGAGGAGGACCAGCAGAGCACCGCAGGGCACGGCUUCGGGGUGGCCGUCACCGCGGCCGCCGAGCGGAUGCUGCACCAGGAGGAGAGGCACCACGGGCGGGAUUUCCUCCUGCGGGCCGCCAGCUUCGACAUCUGUGAGAGCGCCGAGGAGGCCGGACCCGGCCAGCGCAAACCGUGCCUUAGAGCCUCCACCAGUGACGGGAUCCUGCGGGGCAACCACUACGAGAACGGCGAGCGCGGGCUGCGGCGGGGCCGGAACCUCUCCUCGUGGAGCCGGGCCUUCACCAGCAUCCAGGAGGAGAUGGCCGAGGACCCGCUGACCUACAAGUCCAAGCUGAUGGUGGUGGUGAAGAUGGACGCGUCCAUCCAGCCGGGUCCUUUCCGGGCCGUGCUGAAGUACCUGUACACGGGCGAGCUGGACGAGAACGAGCGGGACCUCAUGCACAUCGCUCACAUUGCUGAGCUGCUGGAGGUGUUCGACCUGCGCAUGAUGGUGGCCAACAUCCUCAACAACGAGGCGUUCAUGAACCAGGAGAUCACCAAAGCCUUCCAUGUCCGGAGGACCAACCGGGUGAAGGAAUGCCUGGCCAAGGGGACUUUCUCGGAUGUCACCUUCGUGCUGGAUGAUGGUGCUAUCAGUGCCCACAAGCCCCUGCUCAUCUCCAGCUGCGACUGGAUGGCCGCUAUGUUCGGCGGCCCCUUCGUGGAGAGCUCCACCAACGAGGUGGCACUUCCUCACACCAGCAAGAGCUGCAUGCGGGCGGUGCUGGAGUACCUGUACACGGGGCAGUUCAGCUCCAGCCCCGACCUGGACGACAUGAAGCUCAUCAUCCUCGCCAACCGCCUCUGCCUGCCGCACCUGGUGGCUCUCACAGAGCAGUACACGGUCACCGGCCUGAUGGAGGCGGCGCAGAUGAUGGUGGACAUCGAUGGGGACGUGCUCGUGUUCCUGGAGCUGGCUCAGUUCCACUGCGCCUACCAGCUCGCCGACUGGUGCCUGCACCACAUCUGCACCAACUACAACAACGUCUGCCGCAAGUUCCCGCGGGACAUGAAGGCCAUGUCAGGAGAAAACCAGGAGUACUUCGAGAAGCACCGCUGGCCGCCGGUGUGGUACCUGAAGGAGGAGGAUCACUACCAGCGGGCGAAGAAGGAGCGGGAGAAGGAAGACUACCUCCACCUCAAACGGCAGCCCAAGAGGCGGUGGCUCUUCUGGAACGCCUCCUCCUCCCCUUCUUCCUCUCCUUCAUCGUCGGCAGCCACAGCCUCCUCUUCCUCCUCCUCCUCCUCCUCCUCCUCGGCUGUGGUUUGAAAGCCCGUCCUUGCCCUGGCUCCAGCGUCCCUGGGAGGAGACGGGGAGGAGGAGGAGGAGGAGGAGGAGGAGGAGGAGGAAGGGGGGGAUGCCCUGCCCCAGCGCCAGGCGAGGAGCGGCACAAGCCCCGGAGCAGACGCGGCACCGCAGGGGCGGUCCCUGGGGAGGGGCUCGGGGCCAGCCCCCGGCGCUCCUGGAGCGCUGCUCUCCCCGCGGCAGAGCCCGAGCAGCAGGAGGAACUCACGUUUACAGGAGCACGAGGGCUGUGUUGUGGUUUCAUUUUGGAAUUUUUGUUGGAAAAUUUGUCUUUUUUUUUGGAACAUCAGCAGCAUGAGGAAGAAGGAGGAGAAGGAGAAGAAGAUGAAGAAGCACAUCCCGCUUCCACUUUGAUUUGGAACCAGAAGCUCUGCGAUGUGGUUUGGGUGUCUGAUGGCAUCUCGCCACCCGGAGCCACCGUGGGGGUCCUGCCACCCCCCUCGACUCACAGCAGGGUCAGGCACAGGGCAGGGGACCCCAGUCCCCAAAUGCCCCCAGGCACUGCAGCAUCUCCCCUACAAGAGGGGUCUGUCCUAAUUCAGGGCACGGAGGGGACCGGAGUCCUCUCCUGCCUGUUCUUAACUCUUCAGUUUUGUUUAGACAGAAAAUUUAAAGCAAAAAACCCUGACCCAAUCCCAAUCCCAAUCCCAUUCCCUCAACCUGCCACAGCAGAAACCAACCCCGAGCCCUCCGCUUGGGAUUUUAGCCUGGAAGGCUCCAUUGUAAUAAAUGGUGUUUUAAAAGCCCGGCGUGGUCCCUGUGUGUGUGGGGGGAGCAGCUGGACACGGCACAUCCUUGUGCCAGGCUUGGGGUGAUGCCAUCACCCCCUGCCAGCGCUCCUGGGACGGGCAGGGACAGCGAGGCCUUGCAGGACCCAAACCCCUGGUACAACACGAGGUGGCUUUUCCAUCGGACUGACUCUGCAUGUCCCACCUGUGUCCCUGCAGGGCUGCCAGGCAGGGCAGGAGGCACCCAAACCUCCCCAGCCCUCCCCAGCUGCGAUGGGGAAAACUCCUCAGAGCCCAUCCCUGGCAGAGGCUGCUGCUGGAGGAGCACCUGGGGAUGCCCCCGGUGUCCCACUCCAAACUGCUCCUCUUCCCAGCUGGCCCCGUGGAGCGCCUUGGAGCCUCUCAUUCCGCACGCCCGCCCUCAGCCACGGAUGCAGGAGCGAGGUGGCAGCUCCAGCGAGCUCACCCUCGGUGUCCUCACCCUCGGUGUCCUCACCCUCGGUGUUCUCCCCCUUGGCAGCCCCAGCGAGCAGGUAGGACCACGGCUUUCUUUCCCUUUCCAACGAUCCGGGCACUCACCGCUGCUUCCGAGUCCUGUUCGCCCUCCCCGGGCCAGGACCCGAGCCUGGCACUGAGCCCUGCAUGUGCCUGGCUCUGUGGGAGCUCCUGCCCGGCUUUGCACGCUCGGGGGGCACGGGGGAACCCCCGGGAGAGGCCCCCGGGCACGAAUCCUCCGGGCAGGUCAGCGCCAGCUCCUGCUUUUCAGCCCGGCCCCGCGCUCUGAUAAAUCCCCUCCGCAGUGCAAGGGCUGGGGAGCAGCUCCAGGGGCUUUUUUGGGGGGUGAGCAGAGCCCUUUUCUCACUGAGCACUGCAUGGAUUUGCACCACAGCUACUGCAGCACACAGAGCCCUGGCCGGGUGGGCCGGAGCCCCCCAGAGCAGCUCCGGGUCAGCGCUGCUGCUCCCACCCCCGGCACGAGGGACAGAGGGACAGAGGGACACAGGGACAGGUGUCACCUCCUGCUAUGGCAGGGGACAAAGCACGGGACUCUGGUGUGGGGUAAAUAAAGGCCAGGGUGGCUGCUGAGGGCUUUCCCUGGCAGAAGGGACCCUUGGGGACUGGUGGGGACCAUUCCUGGUGGGAUUCCGGGGUGGCUGAGCAUUGAUUCCAUGGGCUGAGUCCUCAGUGCCACAUGGAGCACCUGGUGUCCACUGGGACCCUGGACCUUGGUGUCCUCUGGGACCCUCACCAGAGUUGGGGGGGGGGGGGGAGAAUAAAAAAAAAAAUCAAACCAGGAGGAUUUUUUUGGUUUUGUUUUUUUUUAAAAGUUAACUUCUUCCUUCAUAAACAGAGAAAUGUAAAAAAACUGGAAAUAGCAAACUGGCUGGGCCAGAGCUCUGUACAAAACCACACAACCAUGCAUAACAAAAAACCGAUAUUUUUAUAUAACUUUUAAGUUAAUAUAUGUAAUGUUUACGGUUGCUAAAUAAAUAAGUACAAAACUG